UCGUAUCCCUUUGGAUUAAAAUCCACCACCCCUCUCUGACCCUCAGUCGAUAAAAGCUACCUCUCUCUCACUCACUCACUCACUCUCUUGGGGAUUGUAAUUUGUAACCUGAACAACAAAAUCAAAUGGAUUAUUUGCUUUUAAUACUAGGCUUUGUUUUUGCUCUGGCUUCUGGGUCUUCAACCACUCUGCCCAUUUCAUCUUUUGAUGAAGGUUUUUCCCAUUUGUUUGGAGAUAAUAAUAUGCAGGUUUUGAAAGAUGGAAAAUCUGUUCAUUUAUCUCUUGAUCAAAGAACAGGUUCUGGAUUUCUAUCACAUGACCUUUAUCUUCAUGGAUUCUUCAGUGCCUCUAUCAAGCUUCCUGCUUAUUACACUGCUGGUGUUGUUGUUGCUUUUUAUAUGUCAAAUGGAGACAUGUAUGAGAAAAAUCAUGAUGAAAUCGACUUUGAGUUCUUGGGUAAUAUCAAAGGAAAAGAAUGGAAAAUACAAACCAAUGUUUAUGGCAAUGGAAGCACAAAUGUUGGAAGAGAAGAAAGAUAUAGCCUUUGGUUUGAUCCUUCUAAUGAUUUUCAUCAAUAUAGCAUUCUUUGGACUCAAGAUCACAUAAUAUUUUAUGUUGAUAAUGUCGCUAUUAGAGAAAUUAAAAGAACCGAAUCGAUGGGUGGGGACUUCCCAUCCAAGCCCAUGACAUUAUAUGCGACAAUAUGGGAUGCCUCGGAAUGGGCCACAAACGGAGGCAAGUACAAGGUAAAUUACAAAUACGCCCCUUACGUUGCUGAAUUUUCUAACUUUGUCCUCCAUGGAUGCACGGUGGACCCCAUCGACCUCAUGUCAUUGCAAUGUGACCCGGAAACAAGUAUUGACUCAAUAAUACCUAUGGAGAGGAUCAAAAUGGAGAGCUUUAGAAAGAAUCACAUGAAAUACUCAUAUUGCCAUGACAAAAAAAGGUACACAACGCCCCCUUCCGAAUGUGUUGUGGAUUCUAAAGAAGCCAAGUGGCUGAAAAACUUCAACCCCAUUACACUUGGUGAUAGUGGUCACCUUCACCACCAUGGGAAGAGACACCAUCAGAGUUGAUCAGAAUCCUCCUGUAUAAUAAUUACAAUUAUUGCUAUUAUCUAUUUACCUAUGUUGGUUGAUCAAUGGGGUUGCUUUUUAUGUGAAUAGCAUGGGCAAUGAGUGGGAUGGCAUGUUUGUAGUUUGUAGCUUAAUGAUGGAUGAUGUUAAGGGUGAUGACGGUGUAAUGUUGUUACAUAUUUGUAUAUUAUGUAUUGAUUUUGUAUUCUAUUUGGACUACCUAUAAUCUGAAGUUAUCGCUUGUUUAUAAUA